CAUCCAUCCAUCCACACCCCAGCCAUCCAGCCAUGGGUCUGAUGAGUGAGGACAUGGAGUGCUGCGUCUGCCUCCAAUCCUACUCUCGUAGGGAGAAGAUCCCUCGGAUGCUCCACUGUAAGCACACAGUGUGUGGGCUGUGCUUGCAGGCGAUGUCCAGGCACCAGAGCGGCCUACUGACAGUCUGCUGCCCACUGUGCCGUUGGAUCACCUGCACCGAGCCCAGCCUCACCCUGCCGGGGUCGCUGUGGGUUAACACUGAGAUCUGGGACCAGAUACUAGACACACAACAGGAAGAGGAGGAGGAGGAAGAGGAAGGACAGUGGAAGGAAGCUAACAGACAGACACAGACCACUACACCGUACACAUGGUCUCCAUCAAGGCAUUGUGGCCUGAGGCUCAAACUACAGAAUUUCCUGAGGCGGAUGAAGCACAAUGUACUGUAAACCGAGAAGACGAAGAGCAGAGAUAAAGAAGACUGGAUGUUACCAUUUCAGAGUAGGAGAUACUCAUUGAGUAAUGAAGCUAAUUCACUAAACAGGACCGACCGGGGAUUUUCAAUAAUGA